AUGAACACACAAAGACUUGUUCCGCUCUCUUUAAGUUCACUGAGCAGAGGUAGCUUAGUACACGCCCAUAUACGCCCAGGCAGUACUCGUCCCCAGUUCUUCACACACAUACCUUCAUUUGCCCGAACCUCUCUCCCGAGCCUUACACAUCUUCGCACCUAUGCCACUCAGCCCUCUCCUUCUUACACUCGUCGUGAAUCUGCACUCGAUAAAGCCGGAACGUCCUUUUUAUUGACAGAAUUGGUCCGAGGAGCGUGGUUGGUGUUGGAAAAUUUCUUCAGGCCGCCGUACACAAUCUAUUACCCUUUUGAGAAAGGAGCAUUGAGUCCGAGAUUUAGAGGAGAACAUGCUUUGAGGAGAUAUCCUACUGGCGAAGAGCGAUGCAUCGCAUGCAAAUUAUGUGAAGCUAUUUGUCCUGCUUUGGCGAUUACCAUCGAGGCAGAGACAAGAGAUGACGGAAGUAGGAGGACGACAAGAUAUGAUAUCGAUAUGACCAAGUGCAUAUACUGUGGAUUCUGCCAGGAAGCGUGCCCUGUCGAUGCUAUAGUGGAAGGUCCGAAUUUUGAAUAUUCAACCGAAACUCGUGAAGAAUUACUCUACAACAAAGAAAAACUCCUUGCUAACGGAGACAAGUGGGAGCCAGAGAUUGCUAAAAAUUUAGAGGCGAACAGGUAUUACGUAUGA